AGUCAUCUGAUUGAAAAUCUAAAUCAUCUUUCUUUGGUAGAAGCAGACGAUUUUUCUGAGUUACUAACGUGUUCAAUCGGUUUUCGUGAAGCGGGAGAAUGCAAGUUAUUGGGGUCGACGGUCGUGUCGUUGGCUAUCUAUUUUGCUUUCUGAUACUCCAGGCAAAACUCACGAACUCAAGGACCUCGUGGAGACUCAGUGCUGACAAAGUCGUUAAAACAACAGACUUUGUGAGCACGAUUGAGGAUGAUCCUAUUUUCGAUAUCCUGGCGAGUAGUAUCAGUGUUGGCGAUGGACAAACUUGGAGCAGAACUGCUGUUUUUGAAAAACACGAGAAGCCUUACUGCCAAGACUGCAAAAAUGUUCUUUCUGGAAACCAUGAACGACGAUUCUCGUCAUACGUGUUGAAGGAUACACCAAACGCUACCGAGUCCUUUCCUCUGUCAUCUCAAGUAUCAGGCGAGCAAGUCAUGUGUACUUCUGGUCAACAGUGCGAGGAUGUAAUCCUAGACUGUGGAAAGUCUGUUAAUUAUUCUUAUUAUGAUAACUUGGUUGGCAUUGCAGACAGAGAUAAACAUCCACUAGUUCCAGAACCUAAUGUUAUACUUAUGUUUAAGAAGAAUGGUAGCAAAAGUAUAGAUAUUGAUAUUGAUUUGUUAGAAAAACGAUUAAUAAAAGCUAAACGAGAGAAACCGAAAUCUGUUCAACUUUAUAAUCAAAUAGGAAAUUUUUGGCGUAUAAAAGGAGAUGCACGAAGGUCAAUUGAAUGUUUUCGACGAGCGCUUGCUGUAUCGCCACAAAAUGCAGAAGUUUUGUUAAAUUUGGCUAGAGUGUUAUUGGUUCAACAAUACUUGGACGACGCAACGUAUUUAGCAAGACGUUCUUUAGAAUUGCAACCUCCAGAUCGGAAUGCAUGGGAACAAUAUCUUACGCUUGGUCAAAUAUUCAAAGCAUAUGGUCAUUAUCAAGAAGCAGCUAUACACUUCCGACAUGCUCUGGAAUUAAAACCAGACCUUUCUGAAGUAGCCGAAGCUCUAAGAGAAGUAGAGUCGCUUCCGGCUGCGAGUAUACAUACCUAUACAUUACUGAUAAUUAUAUGUUUGGUGCUUGGAGUACUUUUAGUAGUUCUAAGCAAUGUGGAAUGUAAUGAAGAUUCUAGUCUAGUUAAUGGGCAACUUCAACGUCCAGUUCCACGUCAUUUUAGUCGCGCUAUGGCAAUGCGUAGUCUACGGCUUAAUGUUACUCGUAACAAACGUUGUUGAUUGUUCGCUAAGAAAAUUAAUAAUCUUGUGAUAGACUAAAAUUUCCAACUGCUGUUAUCAUUUAUCUAUCUACAAAGUAUUAUUUGUAAUAUGAUUUUUAAUAAUUAUUUAGUAUAUUAAUAAUUAUGCAAUUUAUUAUAUCUACAAAUGAAAAUAUACAAUA